GCGGGACCCGGAGCCUCGGACAGCGCGUCGGGCACUGGGGAGCGGACGGCGGCCGCUUAGUGAGCAAUGGCUUGAGCCCCCAUGGCUGCCCCUCAGGACCUGGACAUCGCUGUGUGGCUGGCCACGGUGCACCUGGAGCAGUAUGCAGACGCGUUCCGGCGGCAUGGCCUGGCUACAGCGGGUGCAGCCCAGGGCCUGGGCCACGAGGAGCUGAGGCAGUUGGGCGUCAACGCCACAGGGCACCGGAAGCGCAUUCUGCGCCUGCUGCAGGCAGGCACUGCAGAGGGCUCUCUGGACCCCCAGCUGGAAAGUGCCAUGGAGCCGUCGCCCAGCCCAGCCCCCCAAGCCCAGCCCACCAAGCCUGUGCCUAAGCCCAGGACAGUAUUUGGUGGGCUCAGUGGCUCCGCGACCACUCAGAGGACUGGGUUGAGUCCAGCCCUCUGGAGAGCAGAAGCAUCCAAGAGCCCAGAGCCCAGCCCGAGGUCCCCUCCUGUCCCUCAGAGGUCUUCCCCUGAGCAGCCUUCAGCCUUGAAUACUGUGGAGAUGAUGCCCAAUGCCAUCUACUUUGGCUUGGACCUAAGAGGCGGGACACAGUCAGCUCAGGACAUGGCCCCAGACAGCUCCCAGACAACUGCCCCCACCCCUGCCCUCAGGCCCACAACGGGUACAGUGCACAUCAUGGACCCUGGUUGCCUGUACUAUGGUGUCCAGCCUGUGGGGGUCCCAGGGGCCCCUGACAGAAGAGAAGGCAGAGGUAUCUGUCAGGAAAGGGCUGAACACAGGCUCAGCAGGCAGGAUCUUGAGGCACGAGAGGACGCUGGCUAUGCCAGCCUUGAGCUGCCGGGGGAUUCCACCCUCUCACUGCCCACCCUGGACGCAGAGACCAACGAUGACCUCAUAUCACCCUAUGCCAGCUUCUCCUCCAUGGCAGACCGCCCCAUGCCCCUGCUCAGUGGCUGGCUCGACAAGCUCUCCCCUCAGGGAAACUACGUCUUCCAGAGGCGCUUUGUGCAGUUCAAUGGGAGGAGUCUGAUGUACUUCAGCAGUGAUAAGGACCCCUUCCCCAAGGGUGUGAUCCCUCUGACCGCCAUCGAGAUGGCCCGCAGCAGCAAGGACAACAAAUUCCAGGUCAUCACCGGCCAGAGGGUGUUCGUGUUCCGCACAGAGAGCGAGGCUCAGCGGGACACGUGGUGCUCCACGCUGCAAUCCCGCCUGAGGGAGCAGCGCCUCCUGGGCCACCCCCGGCCCCCGCAGCCGCCGCGCCCCCUCCGCACAGGCAUGCUGGAGCUGCGUGGGCACAAGGCCAAGGUGUUUGCUGCGUUGAGCCCUGGACAGCUGGCCCUGUACAAGAGCGAGCAGGCCUUCUCUCUGGGCAUCGGGAUCUGCUUCAUUGAACUGCAAGGCUGCAGCGUCCGGGAGACCAAGAGUCGUGGCUUCGACCUGCUCACCCCGCAUCGCUGCUUCAGCUUCACAGCCGAGUCUGGGGGGGCUCGGCAGAGCUGGGCGGCCGCUCUGCAGGAAGCAGUAACCGAGACCCUGUCUGACUACGAGGUGGCUGAGAAGAUCUGGUCCAAUCGGGCAAACCGGCACUGUGCAGACUGCGGGGCCUCCCGGCCAGACUGGGCCGCUGUCAACCUGGGGGUGGUCAUCUGCAAGCAGUGCGCAGGUCAGCACCGGGCCCUGGGUUCUGGCGUCUCCAAGGUGCAGAGCCUGAAGCUGGACACAAGUGUCUGGAGUAAUGAGAUCGUGCAGUUGUUCAUUGUCCUGGGAAAUGAUCGUGCCAACCGCUUCUGGGCAGGGGCGCUACCCCCAGCCGAGGGGCUGCACCCAGAUAGCACCCCUGGCCCUCGGGGAGACUUCAUCUCCCGGAAGUACCGGCUGGGUCUCUUCCGGAAGCCCCACCCUCAGUAUCCAGAGCAUAGCCAGCUUCUCCAGGCGCUAUGUGCAGCUGUGGCAGGACCCAACCUGUUAAAGAACAUGACCCAGCUCCUCUGUGUCGAGGCUUUUGAGGGAGAGGACCCCUGGUCCCCCUCAGCCCUCGAUGGCAGCUUCCCUGGUCUCCUGCCCCCAGACCCCUCCCCUGGCGUGUACAAUGAGGUGGUGGUGCCUGCCACUUACAGCAGCUUCCUGUACUGUGGUCCCAUUAGCAACAAAGCUGGACCCCCACCGCCUCGUAAGGGCCGAGAUGCCCCACCCCGACUGUGGUGCGUGCUGGGUGCGGCUCUGGAAAUGUUUGUGUCAGAAAGCAGCCCUGAACCCCUCAACUUCAUCCAUCCCCAAGACGUUGUAUGUUUGGGUGUGAACCCCCCACCCACAGACCCAGGUGACCUCGACAGGUUCCCCUUUUCCUUUGAGCUCAUCCUCACCGGGGGGAGGAUCCAGCAUUUUGGCACAGAUGGAGCUGACAGUCUGGAGGCCUGGACCAGCGCAGUGGGCAAGUGGUUCUCCCCACUGAGCUGUCACCAGCUGUUGGGCCCUGGGCUGCUGCGGCUGGGCCGCCUGUGGCUGCGGUCCCCCUCUCAUACCGCCCUGGCCCCUGGCCUCUGGCUGUCUGGGUUCGGACUUCUUCGUGGAGAUCACCUCUUCCUGUGCCCAGCAUCAGGCCCUGGCCCCCCAGCCCCAGAGGACAUGGUGCAUCUGCGCCGGCUACAGGAGAUCAGUGUGGUCUCAGCAGCUGACACCCCGGACAAAAAAGAGCAUUUGGUUCUAGUGGAGACAGGAAGGACACUGUAUCUGCAGGCAGAGGGCCGGCUAGACUUCUCGGCAUGGAAUGCGGCCAUUGGGGGGGCAGCCGGUGGGGGAGGCACAGGGCUGCAGGAGCAGCAGAUGAGCCGGGGUGACAUCCCCAUCAUUGUGGACGCCUGCAUCAGUUUUGUCACUCAGCAUGGGCUCCGGCUGGAGGGUGUAUACCGGAAAGGGGGUGCCCGCGCCCGCAGCCUGCGGCUCCUGGCUGAGUUCCGGCGGGAUGCCAGGUCAGUGAAGCUCCGACCAGGGGAGCACUUUGUGGAGGAUGUCACCGACACGCUCAAACGUUUCUUUCGAGAGCUUGAUGACCCUGUGACCUCUGCACGGUUGCUACCUCGCUGGAGGGAGGCUGCCGAGCUACCCCAGAAGAGCCAGCGCCUAGAGAAAUACAAAGAAGUGAUUGGCUGCCUGCCACAGGUCAACCGCCGCACACUGGCCACCCUCAUUGGGCAUCUCUAUCGGGUGCAGAAGUGUGCGGCUCUGAACCAGAUGUGCACGCGGAACCUGGCCCUGCUAUUUGCACCCAGCGUGUUCCAGACGGAUGGGCGGGGGGAGCACGAGGUGCGGGUGCUGCAGGAACUCAUCGACGGCUACAUCUCUGUUUUUGAUAUCGACCCUGACCAGGUAGCUCAGAUCGACUUGGAGGUCAGUCUUAUCACCACUUGGAAGGAUGUGCAGCUGUCCCAGGCUGGAGACCUCAUUAUGGAGGUUUUUAUAGAGCAGCAGCUCCCAGACAACUGUGUCACCCUGAAGGUGUCCCCAACACUGACUGCCGAGGAGCUAACUAACCAAGUACUGGAGAUUCGGGGGACGACAGCCGGGACGGACUUGUGGGUGACAUUUGAGAUUCGAGAGCAUGGGGAGCUUGAGCGGCCACUGCACCCCAAGGAAAGGGUCCUAGAGCAGGCCCUACAAUGGUGCCAACUCCCAGAGCCCUGCUCGGCCUCCCUGCUCUUGAGAAAAGUCUCCCUGGCCCACGCCAGCUGCCUCUUCACAGGUAUGCGGCGUGAGAGCCCACGGGUGGGGCUGUUGCGGUGUCGGGAGGAGCCACCCCGCUUGCUGGGAAACCGCUUCCAGGAGAGAUUCUUUCUGCUGCGUGGCCGCUGCCUGCUGCUCCUCAAGGAGAAGAAGAGUUCUAAACCAGAACGGGAGUGGCCUUUGGAAGGUGCCAAGGUUUACCUGGGAAUCCGCAAGAAGUUCAAGCCUCCCACCCCGUGGGGCUUCACGUUGAUCCUGGAGAAGAUGCACCUCUGCCUGUCCUGCACAGACGAGGAUGAGAUGUGGGACUGGACCACCAGCAUCCUCAAAGCCCAGCACGAUGACCAGCAGCCAGUGGUCUUACGACGUCGUUCCUCCUCUGACCUCGCCCGUCAGAAGUUUGGCACAAUGCCUUUGCUGCCCAUCCGUGGGGAUGACAGUGGAGCCACCCUCCUCUCCGCCAAUCAGACCCUGAGGCGACUUCACAACCGGAGGACCCUGUCCAUGUUCUUUCCGAUGAAGUCACCCCAGGGGUCCGUGGAGGAGCAGGAGGAACUGGAGGAGCCAGUGUAUGAGGAGCCAGUGUACGAGGAAGUGGGGGCCUUCCCCGAGCUGACGGAGGACACCUGCACCUCCUUCACCACGCUGGAGCGGACAGCCAAGCCAGAGACCCCCCUCGCCAGCCAGAGAUCCUUCGAUCAAUCUCUUCCAUCCAAAGCAGGCCCUCUGGGCCAGGAGGAGAGGCCACCUGAGCCCCCUCUGGGCCCUCCUUCAAAGAGCAGCCCCCAGGCACGUGGGUCCCUGGAGGAGCAGCUGCUCCAGGAGCUCAGCAGCCUCAUCCUGAGGAAGGGAGAGACCACCAUAGGCCCGGGCAGUCCCCCUCAGCCCUCCAGUCCCCAGCCCCCGAGCCCCACCAGCCUUCCGACACAGACACCUGGCUUCCCCACCCAAGCCCCCUGCACUUCCAGUCCACCCCCCAGCCAGCCCCUCACAUGACCCUGGGACGAGCAGGCUGAGGGAUAGGUAACCAAAGACCCAAGCUCUUCCCAUGGCAGACACUGAUGGGAGCAUCCUCUGCCCUGGCUGGAAAGACUCUAGAAUCCAGUACUGUGUGGAAGGAGUAUGGGGCCGAGAGCUCCUGAGGCUGCGUCCUGCUCAGAGAGGGGCAGGUCAUGGCAUCUCUCUGGGCCUCCACUGACUUACCUGUACCGUGAAGUAACUGAAAUAAGGAGAAUGGUGAAUGUCAAACUGUUUCUCAGAGCUGUCAGCCCCACAUAGUUUCCCUCAAGAAAGGCAACUCCUGCUUUAUAUAUUCGAUAUGUAGGGGUUCUAUGAGAGAUUUUGGGGCUUGAAAAGAAUGGUUUUAUGCAUUAACAAAAAAAAAGAUUUGGAAGGCACAGGUUUGAAUGAUCUCCAAGUUUAUCCUACCCCACCUUCAACAUUCAGAGACUACAGUGAAGCCCUAGAGUGGGGAGGUUGAUUAGGGCUGGGAACUGGGGCAAAGAAGAGCCAGAAAGGAUUGGUCACUGUUAAUAAAC